AUGGAUGACCGAACUCUCUACGUGCCUUCACACGAAGGUGAAAAUGUUCUCCCUAACUCACCUUGGUUUCAUAAGCUUCUCCGUUAUGCCCAACGCAAAUCAUCGAGGGUGGCAAUCCGAGAUGUGAAUGCAAAUAUCGAAAAGACAUACCACGAUCUUGUGUCUGACGCGCUCGCAUUUCGGAAUGAGCUCAGGCGGAGGAUGAGCGCUCAGACACUUCGGGACCUAGCAGAGAAUAAAGAAGUUUAUAUUGGCUUACUGGCAGCUGGGGGAUAUGAGUACACAGUUGGUUUCAUUGCUAUUGUUGCACUUGGUGCUGCAGUAGUGCCAAUGGCUGCAGGACUGCCCGUGGAAGAAGCAGCAUAUUUCCUUUCCAAAGCCCGAUGCGUUUCUCUGGUUGCCAGUACGACCAGUGAAGACCUGGCAAAGUCCAUUGCUCAAUUUAUGGGAGAGAAGAAAAAUUUCCAUAUUCCUUGCAUAUCCCCGAUCGCAUCCUUCUUCCAACCCAUACCAUUUCCAGCGAGCGAGAUCGUGAUAUCUUCGAAUCGGAUGCUUGACAUGAAUGGCGCGAGUGCAGUGAUAUUCACCUCCGGCACAACGGGUCCACCAAAAGGCGCGGUGCAGCGCCGUACUUGGCUGACGGGAAAUGCUGAAACGGAUGGAGACUUUUACGGUAUCAUGGAACAAGAUGUUGUACUCCACACAUUACCAGUACAUCAUGCUUCUGGCGUGGGUCUCACUUUUCUUCCCUUCCUUACGGCCGGCGCAUGCAUUGAAUUCCGAAGCGGAAGCUUCAACACGGCUUGGACAUGGGAACGUUGGCGGCAAGGUGGCCUGACCUUCUUCUCCGGCGUGCCUACCAUUUAUAUGCGCAUGAUGCGGUAUUAUGAAGAGAAUAUCGCAACCCAAGCCCCCCGAAGUACGCGAUCAAUAUGUUGCUGGAGCCAGGAGCAUUCGCACGAUGCUUUAUAUGGUGCAACAGAGUUUGGUGCAGUCAUCAAAACUGAUCUCGAUACCCGGGAAACCCCGCGAAACAGUGUCGGUCGUGUGGCUGAGGGAGUUUGUCUCAAGCUCGAGGACGACGGUCAUCUUCUUGUGAAGUGUCCAUACAUGUUCUCCAAAUAUCUUCAUGAUGAAAAAGCGACCUCGGAAGCCCACGAUCAGGACGGGUACAAGAUCUCGGCCCUUGACAUUGAGCGUGAAAUCCUAGGCCUUGACUAUGUUUCCGAGGUGAUGGUUGUUGGUGUUGAGGAUGAAGAAUUUGGCCAACGAGUUGCGGCGACAAUCAGCCUUAAGACAGACCAGAAUACGACCCGCAAGAAACUCAGUCUGGCAGAGCUGAGGGAUGAUCUGAGAAGCAAGCUCACGGGAUAUAAGAUUCCGACUAUUUUACGUGUGAUCAAGGGCGAACUUCCCAAGUCAGGGACUGGGAAAGUGCAGAAGAAGAUUCUGGGGCCGCGAUUUUUCCCUUCUAACUACCGGGACAUCCCUGAGAUACAAGUUUGGAGCAAGGAACUUAGAGCUAGACUUUAA